AUGGAUGUCACGAAUACAAGUUCGAUCGAAACCGAGGAAUACAGACGAUGGAUCAAACAUCAUGCGUCUUCACAGGACCCUGCAUGGGCGUUUGACGAUGCUGUAAAGCGUCUACAGAUGCCCCCAGCUUCGCGAAAGCUUGAAGCCAGCAAGCUUAAGUUUGACGAAUACAUCAAAGGAUUCCUCUUGAGAUCAUCUGAUUCGGCAACAAAGAACAUUCUAGGGAACACAGCCUCGUGGGAGGAUGUCCUCGUAGAAGCUAAAGCAGUUUGCGAUAGGUACAAGACACAACGGAACAUCUUCGGCUACAAAAACCGGUUGUUUACGACCUCGGCACGUCGUAUUGAGUUUCUGAUAGAGCUCGUACCAAGCGGAGACUAUACUGGUACAAUAUGCGGCGGUCUCAAGCUGAUCUGCAGUGCGGCGAAGCGUCAUCAUGAGCUUGUCGACGUUGUGUUGAAUGCUUUGGCUACCUUGUCACAAGAGAUCGAUGCGACCAAGACCUACGUUCGGCUCUACGCGUGGUCGCCGCUCCUUCGAAGUGCAGUCGAGACACUAUACGUGGCAGUCCUUGUCGCAAUCGAAGCAAUGAUCAAGUGGCUUGAAGGCCUCAUGAAGGACUUUGGCGGCUUCAGGGCAGGACUCAGAUCAAUCUUCGCGGGUGAAAACUACGGUUCCGAACUACGAGACAAGAUAACCACGAGCAUCGACGAGGCUUCGGCCCACUUUGACGAUGCAGUCAGAGAAUGCUUCCAUUUGAAAUUUGAUGGAGUUGCCGAGAAUAUACUCACACUUGGCAAUUCCCUGGAAGAAGUUCAUCAAUUCCAAGGGGAUGAAUCAAACAGGAGGGCUGAGGAAGCUAAGCGACAAGAGAUAGGAUUGCAAAAGUCUUUUGAGGCAAUGAAAUCACUCGAGAAUGUCGUUCAUGGUCUAGCCCGGGACUCUAAGUGGCAAAUGGAAGAGAUCAAAGCCUUGAGGGCUGAAAUCAACCAGCAGUGUCAGGGAAAGCCUCAACAGGUCACAAACCACUAUCACCUAUCCAUCCCCCAAGUCACAGCUUCUCAAUUAUUGUCGGCACUUGGUUUCGGUUUGUUGUCGAACGCUGAGACUCAGGCGGUCUCUGCUAUACAGAGAGAUUCGGAGUUUGUCGUUUUCAUGGGCAAAUCGCUGAAUCCACAAAAUCAAGGCCGUAUCACCUCCGUUACGCAGGACUUCAGAUUUCAACAUUGGUUCAAGUCGAUGAACUCCGAAGUCUUGACCAUUAGCGGCAUGGAACUUGAUGCACUGCACACCGAUCUUGUUUCGCCCUUAAGCUACAUGUGUUCAAUACUUGCCCGGACACUUUCCCGCAUUAAUUGCGCUCGCCCUUUGGCAUUUUUCUGCCGUCUGCACUGCGACCCAGACGGUCCUCUUCCUGGUUCCACUGGUUUAUUGAGGUCAUUGAUCUCACAAAUCGUUCUUUCUUCAUCAGACCAAAUUGAUCUGGGGUUUCUAGCAGAAACAGACCUGCAAACCAUUCGCAGUUAUGAUCUGGAAGUUCUCUGGGGCGUAUUCGAGAAUGUUGUAAACCAGCUGAGGUCCGGAGUUAUCUUCUGUAUGAUUGAUGGCGUGACCUUUCUGCAGAGUGAGUUGCACAUCCGGGGAAUGUAUCUGGUCAUGCAGUGGCUAGGAAUGUUGGUGAAGGACAUACAAGCGCGCAACAGCGGGCUUGUUUUCAAAGUGAUGGCGACGAGUCCAGUUGGGAGUGAGUAUUUCCGCGUGUGGUUCCCUGAUGCCAUAGAGAUUGCCUUGCCUGGAAGCUUUUUGUCUGAUGGGCUGGAACUUGACGAGCACAGGAUGACAUCGUUCGCGCAAGGCUCAUUUUCAUCUGCUUGA